GUUGUUUGUAAACCGUUUUCGUGAAACUAUUUAAAUAAGUGUUAAGCUAGUUAAUUCCACACAAAUAUGAGCCGCCGCAAAUCUACGGCGGUUCGUCGCGAAUCCCGUUCCGACGACGACGAAGAGCAAGACGCGGAUGGUCCCGUCGUCGGAAUCGACGACAGUUCGGCCAGCGAGGACGUAUCGUCGGCCUCUUCGUCGCGCCGUCCGUCAAUCCGCAAGAGCAGCGGGUCCCGCAAAACGACGGACGCCGAAGAGUCGUCCAACGCGGACGAACCAGCUGCGACGAGUGACCGAAGGCGGUCCACUCGGCACCGGUCCCCGAACAAGCGGUACACGGGGGACUUUGUCCAGCCAAAGUUGAAGAGGGGAGGGCGCAAGGACCGUGAGGAUGAGGACGAUGACGAGGAAGAUCCUGGGUGGAAUUCGGAGGAGCAGGCCGAGCUGGACGAGUUGGCCAGCAAGGUGAAGGCGACCACCCUGUUUGAGGACCGGGUUGAUGUGGAGGGUCAACGGAUUUACGGGUUUAAGACGCCGCGGAAGCGGGAUUCGAUGAACGUGUUGGUUUCCAGCGUGCAGAAGACUCCGACGGCGGUGGGGACGCCGAAGAGGGCUGUGGGAGGGACUGCUAGUAAGACGCCGAAGACGCCUUCGGGGAGGGGUCGGAGCAAGGCGGAUUUGGCCAAGACUCCGCAUCGCGAUCGGAACAAGUUGAAGAAGACAAUCUCAAAAAUCGUCCAGAACGCCUCCGACUCGGACUUUUCCGCUAGCGAAAGCGACUUCGUCCCGUCUUCCGACGGAGACGAUGACGACGACGAGGAAAACGGUGACGACAGCGAUGAAUCCGAGGAAGAAUCCUCUUCCGAUGAGGACGCCAAGCCAAAGCGUCCCGUUCUCCUCAAGACGGCCCGUCCAUCGAUCGGAAUCGCCCCGGGCAAGUCAACCCCGACCACCCCCGUCGUCCCACCAUCCACUUCCGGUCGACCCCGCCGGAACGCCCGCAAGAAGCCCGACUUGCAGUACGUUCUCCAAAGUGACGAGUACUUUUCAACGCACUCCGCCUCGAAGGUGGUCACUUCGGACCACACCCUGGACCGCCUCAACACCCCCCGACUUCCGCACGACCAGCUGUUCCGACUGCUGCGGGAUCUGCGCGGUUCGGCGGACCACGAACGGGCCAUCCAAGAGUUACACGAAGAGUAUGAAGGUUACUUCGCCAAGUGGCUGUUCCUGAUGAACGAGGGAUUCAACAUCCUCCUGUACGGGUUGGGUUCCAAGCGGAACCUGCUGCAGACGUUCCACCGGAAGGUGCUGGCCAACCAGCCAGUUCUCGUCAUCAACGGGUUCUUCCCCACGCUCACGAUCAAGGACGUGCUGGACGCCGUCGCGAAUGACAUUCUGGACCUGAACCUGCACAGCGGGAACCAUCACGAGGUGGUGGACGCGAUCGAGGAGGAGUUCCGGUAUCUGCCGGAGACGCACCUGUUUUUGAUCGUGCACAACCUGGACGGGACGAUGCUGCGCAACGGGAAGGCCCAGAAUGUGCUGGCGCGGUUGGCCAAGAUCGAGAACGUGCACCUGCUGGCGUCGAUCGAUCAUAUCAAUACGCCGUUGAUCUGGGACUCGUCCAAGCUGAGCUACUACAACUUUUCCUGGUGGGACGUGACCACGAUGCUCCCGUACACGGACGAAACGGCGUUCGAAAACUCCCUCCUCGUGCAAAACUCGGGCGCCCUGGCCCUGUCCUCGAUGAAGAACGUGUUCCAAUCGCUGACGACGAACUCGCGCGGAAUCUUCCUCGUCAUCGUGAAGCACCAGCUGGCGAACGGGGGCCGUGGCAAUCCGCACUAUCCGGGCAUGCUGUUCAAGGACCUGUACUGGAACUGCCGGGAGGCGUUCCUGGUGAGUUCGGAUUUGGCGCUGCGAGCCCAGCUGACCGAGUUUAUCGACCACAAGCUGGUCAAGGUGAAGCGAACCGUGGACGGGGCGGAGAACCUGCUGAUUCCGAUCGAGCACGGGCUGCUGCAGCAGUUUGUCGAGGAGAAUGACGAUGGGAAGUGAGCGGGUUUUGUUUGUUAAUGUUAUUUUUUUGGUUUCUCGAUUGAAAUAAAUGGCUUUCUCAACUAAAAAA